UUUUUUUUUUUACAACUAUAGUCAAGAAAAAACAUAUUAAUGGACACAUAGAGGAAAAAACAGGCCCUAACACUAGAUAGAAAAAAAUCCUCAGUAAUGACUGGGGCAGUAAGAGCUCAAAACUCCUGGGCAGCUUGAACAGCAACAUUGCACCUCCUAUGACUUGACCAAAGAAGUAAAAACAAAUAUAAAUAAAAAUAUAUAUGUUCAUAUUAGUCCUGAUGGUGUGAUGUUUAGAGACUUUUGUCUUUCUUAGCAACUCACGGACUCUUUAAUCCAGGUAAGCUCAUGAUGCUUCUUUAAAUCCAUCCAAGCUGUUGUGUGCCUAUACUUAACAGCCCUACCCAGCAAAUGUGGGUCAAAAGAUGCACAGUGAAGGAACCCAGUAGCUGCUAGUGCAGUUGGAAUCUUCAAGUGGUUAUAUAUUUACAGUAAAUGUUUUUAUAGAGGGCUUAGGUGGACUAAAACUUAACUGGAUAAGAGCCGGAAGAAGUAAGACGUUUUGAGGACUCAUUAAGAAUAUGGAACUCCACCAAGGCCUCAUGGAGAGUGAUUGGAGCCGGCAUUUCAGCAACCAGCCACCAGUGGAGUGUGACACAAGUUCAAACCUUCAUCUUCUCUUCAGUGAGUUGAAAAGCAGCUCUGGGAGGCAGGAUGGGAGCUCAGAUCCAUACAGCCGCAUCUGGACCCUCACUGAGCAACCAAGAAUCACAAGUUGUAACAAUCACUCGUAUUCCAUGGAUGCUAGGUUAAGACUAAAUAACUUGAAGGCAGGGUGUAAUUCAUUGCUGCCUUUUCCAGCCGUGGACGGGAUAUUGUACAACUAUAAUUGUCAAAAAGACCUUUGGAAGAAGGACGAUCCAGAGGAAGAAGAGUCUGCCUUGGAUUUGGUAGAGCUCCUUGAUGUAGAGGAGGAUGUGAAUGAUGAAGAGAGCUGUUUUCCCCACAGGUUAUAUGAGUCUCCAAAGAAGCCAGUGUUUGAGGAGAAGACUGAGUCUGCUCUCACAUGGUGUCGACAAGUCCUGGAUAACCCCAGUCCUGAGGUGGAGGCAGCAUGUCGCCAACUGCUAAAUAGACUGGAUGAAAGAUCAGGCAGCCACUCCUACAGACGUCCUGCAGUUCUCCCACAUACUGGGGAUGUGACUGUGGGCACCUCUUCGGAUAAAACACCUGACAGCUCAACAACAAAUCCCUCUGAUGUUUUAGAUAUCAAUGAGCUGAGCAUCUCCAAUGACUUCACAACCACAAGCUACAGACUGCGCAACAUCACAGAUGUGCCAAUGGCUCGUUUACAGGAAGCCAGUUUAAGACAGGACUUUGUUUCCACGCCAGCCACUGCUCUAAGAAGAAGCCCUGAGUCAACAGUGAUGUCUCCAUCCUAUUCUAACACCACCUUCGAAAAUAGUGAUGACUUCACUCCAGGAAGUCAAGCCGAGGCUUCCUCUUCCUCUUGCUGGCUACCCAGUCUGCUGUCGCUGAGCUCAUCCCCGUGUCAGUCCCCAGCAUCAGGAGGCAAACAGGGCUGUCAAAGUCCAAAACUGGCCAGACUUCAACAGCAAGUCACCCAGUUCAAGCUGCUAAAGCUUGCUCAGAAUCAAGCAACAUCAGGCAGAACCAGGUCACCUCUGCAGACCAGCCUCCGCUCUCUCCAGGCUGUGAGGAACAGCCGAAGUUUAGACACAGACGGCUGUGGACCUGCUGAUCAAGACAGUCAUCCAACAUCAGGUUCACCACCUGCCAUAACGGGCUCAGGUUUCUGGUCCCCAUCACGUUCUGGAGCACAGAAGAACUCCAGUGGCUCAGUGCACUCAGGGGUGGACGUCUCAGCUCGGAUGAAGAAGCUGCAGAGGUCUCAGUCUGCCAGCCCCUGCAGGAUCCCUCACUCCGCCAAGGGAUACCUGUCGUUCAGUGGACGUGUUUUUGCCUCACCCGAGAGGUCAGCCUCUUUGGCGUGGGGCAGAAAUGUUCCAUCUAGUCGAAGGUGAAAGUUUUUACAAGUUGAUUACCUCGACGGUGAUGUAACAUUAAAGUAGGAUUUAAACAUCAAGACAUUUUUUUGGUAUUAAACUACUUUAACAGUAUGUAUUAAUAUUUACGUUCUAUGGUUUUAUCCUAUAAGGAGUGUAGGAUUUUGAAGGAAUUCAUGAAGUCGUUCUGAAAAUUAUGUUGGUGAUGGUUGGUGACACAGAUUUCCCGGCAGUUUUUUCAAAAUUACAAAGACAGACAGAGCUUUGCUGUUUGACAACGAACCUCAAUCACUUGUACUAUUAUAGCUGUUAAAUGAUUGAAAUGUUCAGUUUAUUCUUGUUGGUACAACAGAAAAGGAAAGUCAAAAGAUAAUGGUGACAGGUUUGAGGCCUGGUUUAUCAGGACUUAGCGUUAGUUUAAAAUUCAAGUCAAAAGUUUGAGUUUACAGUUUUUAAGUUUGACUGAAACUCUCAAUUGUUUAAUUUAAGCAGAGGUGAUUCAAAAGGAAACAACUUGCAGCCUGUUGAAGUACCGGUAUGUGUUAAUGAUGUCAGAUCAGACAGGUAUUACGAGGUUAACUGGUUAUCAGAAAUAUCUCUUAAGUCUUGUCUGAAAUUGAUAGUGAGUCGUGAAGUGAUGCUAAUUGGUGGUUGGUGUAAUAUGAUCAACUGUCAUUUAAAAAAAAUAGGGGAACAAUAUGGAUAUGUUAGAAACAUUGUACCUUGAAUACAAAUCUCUACACCAUGAGUCUAGCCUAUUAUUUUUUAUUGCAGUUUUAAGUGUUUUCCUAAAUCGUUUUUUAAUCCAACUCUACUUUCCAAAGAGCAGAUCAACAGUUGUCGUGUCAUUAUCCUGAAAUCAUCUUCUGAGGUGACCAUGAAUGCUGAAGCAUGUUGUCCAAUGCAACUUUUACAAUGUUCUUUCUUUAAUUCUUAGCAAAUCUAUUAAACUUCUGUUCAGCUCUGUUUGA